ACAAACAGAAAUUUCACAGAAUUUUGCAGAAGCAGACCGCCAUGACAGCUCGGAAAAGAGCUUCAGCGACGGCGAAAACAACAGCGGACGCUGCAGACUCGAGGCCAGCUCAAGCAGACCAUAAAUCCUCGGAAAGCACCUUUUCUGAUCCGUCCGCCAAAAUGGGGAGAGGCCGCCCUCCAAGAAAUGAAAUGGACGAACAGGAGGACACUCAUGUAUCUGAACCUGGCUUGAAUGACUUUAGGCCAAUGCCAAGAAAUCUUUUUGUAGGAGGAGCCGAACAGGAUCACCUAAGUGAGACAGAUGAUGAAAGAACACCAACUGGGUCAACAGAACCUGCUCGGACAACCGAGCUCGAAGAGAGAACCAGAGUUCUCGAAAUGGCAAUGGGUAAAAUACUUGCUCGUUUAAUUCCUGAUGACCCCUUGAUUCCUUUGCUGAACAGAGAUGCACAACUGGCUGCAGUUGUUGCAACUCGAAACUCCCCCGCUCUCAGCAACAUAGUAGUGUCGACUAGGCCAAGGGGAAGCGGGAAGCUGAAUAUCGAGCCUAGCUCGUCCAAACAUAGUGAAGAACUAAUGAGAAAGAACGCAGACCUUGAAAGACAGCUACAGGACGUGCAAAAGUCUUUUGACGAGCUGAAAAGUCCCAGGGAGAUCAAGCGCACAGUAACUGAGCUGAUGCAAGUUAACCAGAAGAAAGGGGAGUCUUUGAGGGAUUACAUGCAGCAGUUCAACAAAGCCACCUUGGACAUUGAUAAUGUCCCAGAUACGAUCUGCCUGUCGGCCAGCUUCAUACUGUCAGAGGACUUUCAGUCGUCCAAGCGACGAGCUGAUGAUAAGCCAAGCAAAGGCCAGGAACAACAACCGAGAAGAGAAGAGAAGAAGAAGCAGAAGGUCAGUGAGCAAUGGGGGAAACCAGCUGAGUUCCCGAAAUAUGCCAAUUACAUUCCUUUGACCUUACCCAGGUCUCAAAUCCUGGCACAAAUCCAGCACUGGGUUAGGAGACCUCCACCCCCAUUGCAUGAUUCCCCGAGAGCAGACAAGAGCAAGCAUUGUGACUACCACCGUGUAUAUGGUCACAAUACAGAGGAUUGCCAACACUUGAAGGACGAGUUGGAGUUUUUGGCUCGUAACGGGAAGUUAGAAGGAGCAUACCGAGGACGUCCGUUCAACAGGAAAGGACAGGGACCGAGAACUACUGCCCCGAAUCAAAAAGACAGGAAAGGGGUAGGUUAUGCGGGGAUACCCCCACCCUCUGGUACCAUAAACAUGAUAUCAGGUGGUGUUCACUCUGGGGGCCAAAGCGCCCGAGGUCGUAAGGCGUAUGCACGCCAGGUGAUGACAGUUAACAAAAACAGGCCUUUGAAACGCCUAUUUGAAGAAGCAGAAUGGGAAAAUGCGCCCAUCACAUUCAGCCCGGCAGACUAUAAGCGAGCAAAAGGAGAGCCCGACGUUAUGAUGCCGCAUGCAGAUCCUUUUGUGGCAACGGUUCAUAUAGGCAACCAUAAUGUCAACAAAGUCUUUGUUGAUACGGGUAGCUCUCCGGAUAUCCUAUAUUGGAGUUGCUUUCAGAAAAUGCAAUUGAAUCCAAACUCACUGCAGAAACACGAAGGGCCUAUAUAUGGGUUCGACAAUCAGCCCGUCCCAGUUGAAGGAAUCAUUACCCUACCCAUCUAUGUGGGCUCGGAGCCGCGGUUUAGGAUGGCUUCCGUUACCUUCCUGGUCGUCAAGAUGGAGUCAGCUUUCAACGCUAUACUGGGAAGAGCUACCCUUUGCGAGCUGAAGGCUGUUAUCUCACAACCUCAUCUCUGCAUGAAAUUCCCAACUCCUCAGGGGGUAGGAGUGCUUAAAGGGAACCAGAAGAUGGCAAGAACAUGCUACCAAGAUACCUUCAAGAAGGUUGAGCUCGCUGCUGCUCCUACAGGCUCUGAAAAUCACAAACCAACCCAGCUCGCUCAGCAGACAAUGAGCAUUUUAGACAUUGAACACCGACCUGAGGGUGUCGAGCAGAAAGCAGAACCAGUGGAGCCGGUAGAAACGGUCCCUCUGAACCUUGAUGUGCCAGAAAGAACGGUUAAGAUCGGCACCAAACUCACAGAGGAGGAACGGGCAGAGCUUCUGAAGUUUUUGAGGGAGAAUCAAGACGUGUUUGCGUGGACUACAGAUGAAAUGCCGGGCAUCCCCGCAGAGUUGACAGUCCACAAGCUAAGCACGGACCCCACCAAAAGGCCGGUGGUGCAAAAACGUCGCCUUUUUGGCCCCGAGAAACAAGCUGCCAUUGACGAAGAGAUACAAAAGCUGCUACAGGCAGGUUUCAUCAGAAGGGUGGAGUACUUUGAGUGGGUAUCUAACCCCGUGCUCGUCAAAAAGCCGAAUGGCAAGUGGAGGAUGUGUAUUGAUUUCACUAACUUAAAUGACGCGUGUCCAAAAGACCCUCAUCCCUUGCCAAAUGUUGAGAAGCUAGUAGAGCGGGCAGCCGGACAUGAGCGGAUGAGUUUCCUAGAUGCCAGCUCAGGUUAUCACCAGAAUGUUGGUGCAACAUACCAGAAACUUGUACAAAUCAUCUUUAAGCUCCAAAUCGGCAAAAACAUAGAGGUAUAUGUGGAUGACAUGAUAGUCACCAGUGUGCGAGUUGAAGACCAUAUAGGCGACCUGAGUGAGACCUUUCAAAACUUGCGCCGAGCACAAAUGAAGCUGAAUCCCUUGAAAUGCACAUUUGCUGUAGAGUCGGGAAAAUUCCUGGGAUACGUGGUAUCCAAGAAAGGAAUUGAAGUAAAUCCAGAAAAGGUUGAGGCCGUUCAGCAAAUGGAGCCACCAAGGACUGUCAAAGACGUGCAGCGUUUAACUGGCCGUGUUGCUGCGUUGCACAGGUUUAUAGCCAGAUCGGCAGAAAGAUGCCUUCCAUUCUUCAAGGCCCUGCGAGAGCCCAAGAACUUUCAAUGGACCGAUAUGUGUCAGCGGGCCUUUGACGAGCUCAAACGAUACCUGGCAUCAGCACCCUUGUUGUCCAAGCCUAUGGAAGGGGAGAGUUUGUAUCUGUAUUUAGGGGUUACAGCAGAGGCGAUGAGCUCGGUCAUACUCAGGGAAGAGAAUAAGAAUCAGAAGCUUAUCUGUUAUGUGAGCAAGGUUUUACAAGGCGCCAAGCAGAACUACCCACUAGCGGAAAAGGCUACUUUUGCCUUAGUUUACACAGCUCGUAAGUUGAGAGCUUACUUCCAAUCGCAUCAGAUUGUUGUCUAUACCGAUUUGCCAUUGAGAAAAAUACUGCAGAAACCCGAACUCUCUGGUCGGCUUAUUGGAUGGAGCGUCGAGUUGAGUGAAUAUGACCUCACAUUUCAGCCGCGCACAACCAUAAAAGGCCAGGCCGUCGCAGACUUUCUGGUGGAGUGCAUCUCGGCGACUAAAGAAGAAAAAGCACCCGAACAACCAGUCUGGGUUUUGUAUGUUGAUGGAGCCGCUAACGUUGAAGGAGCGGGUACAGGGGCUGUGCUGGUCGGCCCAUAUGGUUUUAAGUCCGAGCAUGCGCUGAGGUUUAAGUUCCAAACAACCAAUAAUGCUGCAGAAUACGAAGCACUCAUUUAUGGAUUGAAGCUGGCAUCCGAGCUGAAGGUACAGAACAUCCAAGUCUUCAGCAACUCUCAGCUCGUGGUAGGCCAGGUAAAAGGCAGCUUCGAAAUCAGGGAUCCUCAGCUUGGUUGUUAUACUUCCGUGAGGUCAACCAUCGUCGAAAUCCUGGACGCCCCGAGCUAUACUGAUCUCGCGGUCGAGUAUCAACUGCUAAGCACGGAUCCUUCUAUACCGAGCUGGACAACCCCACUUAUAAAUUAUCUGCAAAGUGGCGAGCUGCCUGAAGAUCUAUCCGCCGCGAAAUUAAUUAAACGAAGGGCAGCACAUUUCACCUUGUUGGAUAACCAGCUCUACAAAUGGGCAGCCUCUACGCCCCUAUUACGCUGCCUUACUCCUUACGAAGCUGAAUACGCUGUGAGGGAAGUUCACGAAGGAGACGCGCAGAACUAUGUCAAAAAAUGUCCGACCUGCCAGUUCAAUGCUGAUGAUAUACACAUGCCAGGGGAAAUGCUAUCAUCUCUCACGUCUCCCUGGCCCUUUGCUCAGUGGGGUGUCGACCUGCUCGGCCCCUUCACCAAAGGCAAAGGAGGCUGCACUUUCCUAAUCAUUGCAGUGGAUUACUUCACUAAGUGGAUAGAAGCUAAACCAUUGUCCACGACAACAGAAAGGAAAAUAGAAGAAUUCUUGUUCAAUUCAAUAUUGUGCAGGUUCGGCAUACCUAAGCGGAUUAUCGUCGACAAUGGGCCACAGUUCCGAGCAGCAGCACUGAGAUCGUUUUGUAACGACUAUGGCAUUGAGCUCGCCUUGACAUCGAUGUAUACUCCCCAAUCUAACGGACAAGCCGAGUCCGCCAAUAUAAUCGUCUUCUCGGCCACGAGCGAAACUCCUUUCAGCCUGGCCUAUGGAGCUGAGGCUGUCAUCCCAGUAGAGGUUGGAUUGCCAUCUGAUCGAGCAGGCUGGCAUGACGAUCUCAACAACGAGCAACUGUUGAGAGAAAACCUAGACUUCGUGGAAGAGGUCCGGGAGAUGUCUAGAAUAAGAAACAUGGCGCAUCAAAGUUGUGUUGCAAAAUUUUAUAAUACGCGAGUUCGAGCUCAUCAGUUUCAGGUUGGCGAUCUGGUUCUACGCAAGGCUGGAUUAACCAACACUUAUUCAUACAUGGGUAAGCUCGCCCCUAAUUGGGAGGGCCCAUAUAUGGUUGUUCGAGUUAAGCGACCUGGCUCUUACUUGUUAGCGGAUAUACACGGGCGUCAGUUACCUUACCUUUGGAACGUACAGAAUCUUAGAAAGUUUUACAGUUAACGUGUGUAAUAUUAUUUUGCUUCAGGUGUUAUCCAACAGUUGUAAACAAAGAUAUACAGAAAAU